AUGAAUUUUGUUUUAUUUAAUUUAUUUACAGUGUUGUUGUUUCGAUCGACUUCAAUAUCGUGUAUUAGAUCAAAUAAUGUUAAUAUUCACUCUUUGUUACCAUUCGGCCAAUAUAAAUUAAUCUUCAAACAGAUUAAGAGUUGCAAUCCUUCACAUAACUAUAAAAUACAACAUAAUUUUUACCUGAGCCAUGAUAACAAAUCUAAUGUGACUGAAAUCAGAGGAACCACAUUCAACAACAUUCCAUUUGAUGACACUUUGUUUUUGGAAGCAAAUUUUUCUUUUAAAGAUGCAGACGGGAAUUGGAAAGAUAAUACGUAUAUCCACAAGUCGCCAAAAGCUUGCUCUUCUUUCAGACUUUUAAUGGGAGCCCAGUGGACCAUGGUGAUGGACGGAUUAGGAGCAAAGAAUCCCACAUGCCCUUUACCUAAGGGCAUUUAUAACGCUCCGGGCUUGGAUACAUCAAUAUUUUUAAAGACCAAUAUGCCAAAAACAUUUGUUUACGGGACGUACAAAGUUAAGUUUUAUUAUACUCGUAAUAAAGAAGUUUGUGGCUGUUGCAUUUUUAUACUAGAAUUCAAGCGCCUGUAAUAUAGAUUUUAUAAUAGCUUAUACAGUAUUAUAGGUACAUAUACUAAAUCUAAAGACGCACCCACAAUUAUACACCCGCUUGUUCUUAUCUUAUUUUUUGAAGUGGAAUUCCCAUUAGUGGGAAUUAGAUUAUCCUUGCUAUUUAAAAAAAAAAAUGGAAAGAAAAAAUCACUGAAAAUAAUAUAAGAUAAUCUUAUUUCUAA